CUCGUGAUUUACCGCCAGAAAUGUGAGUUUGUGCGGGGUCAAAGCCAGGACAGCCCGCGAGGCAGCUUGGUGAGGAGGCUGUUCCAAGGGCCCCUAAAGGACAAGCAAUUAGCCUCCCCCGAGAUGCCCAGGGUAAUCAUGGAGGUCGCCACAGGCACAGAGAGCAAAGAGCCCGCCUCUGCAAGACACGGUGACUGCGAGCCGAGCAACCACGGAGCGGAGCAAACCGUCCCUGUGACCGCAGAAGCCCCAGGCGAACGCACACGGGAGCGCGAGAGACCCUCAAAACUGCCCCCGGCUCCGGAGGAGGCCAAGGAGGUGAAGCGGAGAGGCCUCCAUCGCUCCCAGUCGGACAUCAGCUCCCGCUACUCCAAGUCCUUCUCCGAGUUCGAUACCUUCUUCAAGUACUGCGGCCUCGACGCGGAGGUCAUCGAGGAUCUCGGCAGGGAGAACUUCUCCGUGGUUUCCGACAACGUCUCCUUCAAGGUUCGCAGCAUUAGCGUGGCCACAUCCGAAAGCGACUUCACGAGGCACAGCGGGGACGACGGCCUGCUGGAGGACGAGCUGACGGAGCAGGUCCCCAGCAGCACCUCCGUCAUCGAGCGCAACGCGCGGAUAAUCAAAUGGCUGUACACCUGUAAGAAAGCCAAGGAGGCUAACGCGGUGCUCCAGGAGCUGGCAUGACGGCUUCUCCCUUCAGCGUGCGUUGCAGCCUGGUAAACUCAAGGACUCCUGACUUGGAAGUUGAACAACACCAGGCACAGGAAGAAACUGUUCCCUCUUCUGGCUCAUGACUACUUUGUCCAAGUUUAGCAUUUUCUUCUUGCCUCCUUCCCUCUCUCCUGCCCCCAGGCAGCCUCAGUCUUUGUCAGAAGCACAGGAAAGCCCAAGAGCACAACAAGAAGCGGAGUCUGGGAACUGCCACAGUGGGACAACAGGAAACGAACGCUCCCGGAAAAGCAUGGCAGCAGCUACAAUAGACAGUAACAUUCAGCUGCAGAUCCCCGCCCCCGGAUGUCAUGCGGGGAUGUGACAGAAGGUUUGCAUUGCGCAUCCGUCUGUUUCCAGCGAUGCAUUUGUCAGCAGUGAUGGGAGGAGAAAGUGGGAAUGAAGUGGCAAUGACCCCUGGGUCAGGCGUUUCCUUGCAGGCAAGCAAGCAGGCUCCACCUGGUUGUUCAAAGGCAGUCUUUCCAGGGCUGUUUAAACAUGGCUCAGCCUGACAUCAUUAGACGUUAUUUGCCUGGCUGGUGAGGACUCAUGUGGCAGCUUAUCUGGCAUACCUGGCAAACAUGCGGUAAGCUAAAUCCCUGCCAAGCCUCUGUUUCUCUAAGAGCGUCCAAGCCAAAUUAGAGUACCUUGUAUCCAUCUAGUCUACUCGGCCACAUAGCUUGCUCAGCCGGUGGGAAGGCACAGGAGCACAGUUCCAAGAAACAGGUAGUCCAGAAUUAGAGAGGAUUUUGUAUGGAUAUUACAUUGCUCCAGAAGAGUAGAAUUUACAUUUACACAAAUUCCUUAACUUGGUUUGCAGCGUGUCUCUGAUGCUGCCAGAGUGGGUUUUAUUUCAGCCUUUGGAAGCCUGCGAUCUAACGCCUUCAAUUUUUUGCAGUGCAAGUAAUGAGCUUACAGAAUUGCAUUAGCAAAUUGCAUCUCAGGCAAUGUAAGGUUGCACUUCCCUAGCAUGGGUCUGGAAUAGCACUGGGCUCUCUGCAUUGCAAGCAAGAAGGCAUGCUAGGACACAGGCAAAACUAUGCCGGAAAAAGGUCUGGAUGGGGUAAGUCCCCAAGUAUAGACAGCAACUUACUCAAUAUCAUCAAUAAAAUAGUAACGCUUCAUUUGAAAUGCACAAGCUAAGUAUGUUUUAAAAGCUGACUAAAAGUACUUUGGAUCAGCAGUGUAGUGAAGCGAUCCUUUGCAAAUAGCUUGCGGAAUUUGCUGGCUAUGCCUCAGAUGUUACCCCAGUCAGCCAUUACUUACUAAAAUCUGUCUUACACCAAAGUAUUUAUUUGAAAAUAUUAUAAAACACAAGAAAAUAAAAUCAAACAGCUAGAUCUGUGAUAGCUGCCCUGAAGUCAAAGGAGUAACAACAACUAGAAUUUAAGAGUGCUGCAGAGGUUAAAAGUUUACUUUGUGUUACCACAGUAACAGUGUCCUGUUUGCAGCGCUGGACUUUACCUGGCUGUCAGACCUGUACUGUAACGACUCCAGAAAAAUGAGAUUUCAUUCUCCACAUUCCACUAGGGUUAUGCACAGCCAGCGCUAAGCUAAUGGUGCCUGCCGGGUUCUCACCCCAAAACAGCUGCCAGCACAUCAGGGUGGAAGCAUAGCUAAAAUAAGCACUUGAGAUGCAUGUGUAAGUGUUUGUUAGUCCUGGUAGAUAAGUUUGUGAAAGUGGGAAGGGCGAGAGUGAACCAUGACAAUUCUAUGAAACAUUCAUCGUAGGAAGAACAGUUUCCUAUUUUAAGUUCUACAAACUUUGUGCACUGACAGACUUGCCCUUUAAGUGCUCAUCAAGCACUGGUUGCCUGGUUUAAUUUACAUAUGUUUUAAAUGUGCUUGUCAGUCACUGGAUAGUUAGUUCUCAAUUACAAUAACCGUUUGAGAAUGCAGGGCAUUUGUCUUUAUUAUUUUAGUGUUAUAUACUAAAGUCUACAUGUCUUAAGUUGUCUAGAUAGAUAGAAAACACUUCCAGAUGAAAUAAUUAUUGAGCCUACUUUACCCUUAGCAGAAAACUAAAUAGUUUGCAUUAGUGAGCUUCUGCAAACUUAGAGGGAAGCUAGUACAUGGGGAUAUUUUUGUUAAAUAAUUAAAUUUCCAUGUGUAUUUGUUACAUUGUUACUAAAGAAUGAUUCUUAAAAAUGUACAUCUCAAGAUGCUGCUAAUAGGAUAAGAUUAAUGCACAUAAGGUGCAUUUUUUUAAGGGACACGGUCUAGAUUUAUUAGUCAGGAACAUAACCUGUUAUAUCUGUUCUUUUCAUGCUCAUUUUGCAAGAUACUGUAUUAUAUAAUAAUUUAUAUGCUUUUGUCAAAAGCUAAUGACUUUUUUUCCUUGGAAAUAUAUAUGAAUGACUGUAGACAGCUCGGAGUUCAGGAAAUAUCUUUUGCCUUACAAAUCAGUGCCCCACCACAAUGGAAGAGAAUUGUUUUGCUUUGUUUCCAGGGAAGAUUUUUAGUUUCAUUUUCAAACUUCCAUUUGUUUCUUGUUUUUUCUAUCAGAAAUUCUAGAAAAUUAAGAUGAUAGUGGAAAAAAAAAAAGAAGAUGCAUUGGUAGUGAGUUAGUUUUAAAUGUUAGGAAGGAAUAUAUUUAAUUUGUCUGAAAGUACUGAUCAUCAGCCUUUUUCAAAAUCAAGGAAGAUUUUGUGAUAGAAGUUAAUGAAAUCAGAAUUGGCCCGGUUCUGAUUUUUUUUUUCAAUCUCACUUUUUAACUUUCUGAACUGUUUAAUGGUGCUGUGGUGACUUUUCACACUGAUAGGUGGCAAAAUUUACCUGGUUUUAUUCAAACUUUGAUAGGAACUCCAAGCUCUCCUGGGUAUUACUUACUUUAUAGAUCUUUCCCUGAUAAGCUAUCGAUUUCCUUUAUAUAAAAAUCUUCUAGAUAAGCUAACAGCCUACUUUUCCCAGUAUACCAGGAAGACAGUGGCUGACAAUCCUUCUUUCUCCGUAAAUCUUGGGAAUGGAUAUGCUCAGUUCUUAUUCUAAAGCAGUGGGAGCACUGCACUUCCCUCAGGUCCUGUUACUGUUACAUAUAAUGGCUUGUCCUUCCUUUUUUGGGGUGUUUCAGUCAUAUCCCUCAAAAUAACAAGAAAAUGUUAAUGAUGUUAGCCAUUAUCUAUCAAUUACUAUAUAUAUUUUUUCUAUUUCAUUAUAAAAGACUUGUGAUUUUGGAAGUAUUUUUUUUUCCCCAGCUUUUGUAAUAAACUGAAGUAAAAUGGGCUGUUGUGGAAUGAACAAAAGCUUUGCCAGCCAAGUUGGGAUCAGCCUUCUCGGAAACCUGAAAUCAGGGCUGAGGGUGAAGACAGGUCAUAAACUGAACGAUUUUGUUUAACCAGAACUGUGUAAACUUAAAUAGUCAAAUGGAGUGCGAGUGUGCACUGCUAACUGCUAUUUAAAUCCAAGUGUCUCAAAGUGCACUAUUACUGUGACAAGGGACAAGGUCCAUGGCUGUUGGUCCCACAACAGGGGAAAGAUACAAAGUCUAAUUUUUAUGGCCUAAAAGCUAGUACCUGCCAUAAAGGCAUUAGAGACUGUAAUUCUUGUAAUAUAUUGUAAAUAUUAAUAUACAGGACUAAGUAACAAGUACAGAUUGUUUCAUAAAAUGUGUAUUAAUGUUUUAAGGGAUAUAAGUCCUCAUGCUUUGUGAAAUCAGCCGAACAUCAUAUUGAUGGGGAUUAAGCAGAAACUUUCUCCUGGGAGCAGGUCAUCCCUAUCAUUGCCUACUGUGAGGUUUUUUGCAUCUUCUUUUGAAUGCUGUGAAAUUGAGUACUGGUCAGAUCUGGCACGGAAGUUUCUAAGUUGCUAUGUUUAUAUUCAUAUGGAAGAACUUGUAUAUUAUUGAAUGCAUAUAAAUAAAAAUGCAACACUGGAA